AUGGUAAUUAAUGAGGGUCGUUCGAAUGGAUUAAGUGAUUUAUUCUAUCAAUUAUUGCAGAGUAUCGGAUAUGUGUCAUUACGAAUCGAUGAGAUGUCUCCACGAAUGCUUGACAUCGGAGAGAAUUAUGAACAAACGCGAGAUUUACUCGACAUUCACGAAGAUCUCAUGAAUAGGCUUAAGAGUAAGGAGGAUCAAGUUGAAGAGCUGCUAGCUCGAGCGGAUAAUUUGGUUACCCAACAGGCUGAACCAGAUGUAGCAGUAUAUGAGGCAAUGGCCGAAAGUCUAGGAUCAGCGUGGAAAGAAUUGAAUCGUCAAUUGCAAUUGAGAGGAUAUCUUCUCAAAGAGGCACUUAAAUUUUACGAGUACGCGCAACAGCAUGAACGGGAUAACAAGGAUUUUACAGAUCUAAUUGGAUUGACAGCAACAGCGUUGGAUAGUGGUGCUGAUAUAAUUUCACAAAUCCGUGUUCUGGGCACAAUGGCCGAUAACGUUGAGCUAGCCAAAGAGACCGCCGAUGCUUGCCUUCAAAUCGAAAAAUUCAUGCUCAGGAUGGCUAUGGAAUGGGAGCAUAUUGAAGAGGCUUGGAAGAAUGAGCAAGCGAAACUGGGAUCGCAGAUCGAUGAAACAAAUGCGUUGGUGGCGAAGGUCGAUGAUAUUGAGCAAUGGUUGAAAAAUGCUCGUACACAGUUCGAAAACGGCUACGAUUACAACUCACUGAAACAACAAGCGAUCCAACAGCGCUCAGAAGUUGACAAGAUAAUGCGUGAAGUACAACAAGAAAGUGUGAAGAAUGCAAGUUUGGCAGGACGUGUGGCCCAGCUGCAAAAUGAUAUCGAAAAUUUGAUACGCGAUAUUGAGGUCCGCAGCGCCGAUUUGGAGCGCUGUCGACACUUUAUCACAUCGGCUAAUUCAUGGAUGGUAUGCACCAUCCAACAUUUGCUACCUCUUCGAUGUACUAAUGUUCANAUGGCUGGUGAGUUGGCACCGUUGGCUCAUCAAAAGGCACAAGUUCUGAUCGAUGAAGGACGAUCGCUGUCACACCUCGACUCGAGUGUCUCUCGAAUCGUCACUGAACUUGAACAGAAACUACAACAUCUCGAACGACUCGCAAAUGAGCGUAUCAAUGAAGCUAGUGAUCAUUUUAAACAAGAGUUGUACCGUCUGGAAUCGUGGACAAAUGAUGUGGCGGAAACAUUCGUUGCAUCGCACGGACGAAUGGGAGGCGAUGGCAAGGAUGCAAAUGAAUUUUAUAACUCACAUAAAAACUUCUUCAAUGAAAUCAUCAACAAAGAGUCUGCCAUCAAAACAUUAGCGAAUCGUUCACACGAAUUAUCGGAUUCCGAUCGAAGAAAGCUAUUCAAAUUUCAAUCGCGAUUUGAAAGUCUGAAACAAAUUAUUGAGUCGCGAGUAGCGCUCGGUAACGCUUUUUAUCAGGUGCAUAAAUUUGCGAAAGAGUUGGAAUGCUCAUUCGAGAGUUUGGAUGCAUUGCUCAGUUCGAAUCGUAACUUUACCAAUCCGAAACUCACCGCACAAAUGAACGAAGUCUUUCGGAUGAUUGAAGAGACACUCACUCAAGAGAGACAACAAGGCGAGAAAUUUGUGGCAUCCGUGAAAGAAUCAGCAAAAACAGAUGCGAAGUUGCGCGUUGAGAAUGCGAUUGAAUGGGUGCACAACAUGUUGAAUGAACAUGAACGCAGAUUCUAUACGGUCAACGAACACUGGCGAAACUGGCAAGACAAUCGAGUUCAUGAAGAGAAAGUUGUUCGUAUGGUUGAGGAGGUAGGUUCAAAUGUGGCAAGAGGAAUCAGUGGAGAUCGUACGUAUAUUGAUUGA